GGGGGAGGCUCAAAGGCUCAGAACACCAUUGGUUCAGUUACCCACUGCUCAUUCCCGCCCCUCGGUGGGGGCGGUAAUGACAGCGUACCAGUUUCCGGUUCCGGCAGUACCGGGAUCCUAGUCGUGAUGGAGGAAGAUGCGACCGGAGGCCGGCAGUCGCUGGGAAUGGAGAGUAGAGCGGGGGCUGCGGCCUAGAGGUCCAGACUUGAAGUUUGCCUCAGACGCGGUGGAGCCGCCGGGGUCUGAGAAGGUCUCCAAGCACAAUGGAGGACAAACGAAACAUCCAGAUCAUUGAGUGGGAACAUCUGGACAAGAAGAAGUUCUAUGUGUUUGGUGUGGCAAUGACAAUGAUGAUCCGCGUCAGUGUCUACCCAUUUACCCUCAUCCGCACCCGCCUGCAGGUUCAGAAGGGCAAGAGCCUCUACCAUGGGACCUUUGAUGCCUUUAUUAAGAUCCUUCGAGCAGAUGGUGUGACUGGCCUCUACCGGGGGUUUCUGGUCAACACCUUUACCCUCAUCUCUGGCCAGUGCUAUGUCACCACUUAUGAGCUCACCCGGAAAUUUGUAGCUGACUACAGCCAGAGCAACACAGUCAAAUCAUUGGUGGCUGGUGGCUCAGCCUCUCUUGUAGCCCAGAGCAUCACAGUGCCCAUUGAUGUGGUCUCCCAGCAUCUGAUGAUGCAGCGCAAGGGUGAGAAAAUGGGCCGCUUCCAAGUGCGUGGGAACCUAGAGGGAAAUAGGAUAAUUGCCUUUGGCCAAACGAAAGACAUCAUCAGGCAGAUUCUGCGGGCUGAUGGGCUUCGAGGAUUCUACCGAGGCUAUGUGGCUUCACUGCUUACCUAUAUCCCAAACAGUGCUGUCUGGUGGCCCUUUUAUCACUUCUAUGCAGAGCAGCUCUCGCACCUGUGUCCUAAGGAGUGCCCUCACAUUGUCUUUCAAGCCAUCUCGGGGCCCCUGGCUGCAGCCACUGCCUCCAUCCUCACCAAUCCCAUGGAUGUCAUCCGAACUCGCGUGCAGGUUGAAGGCAAGAGCUCCAUCAUCCUGACCUUCAGACAGCUGAUGGCAGAAGAGGGACCUUGGGGCCUCAUGAAGGGCCUCUCAGCCCGAAUCAUCUCAGCUACUCCCUCCACCAUCGUCAUUGUGGUAGGCUAUGAAAGCCUCAAGAAACUCAGCCUCCGACCUGAGCUGGUUGACUCAAGACACUGGUAGCCAGUGGUGGGCAGAGAAGCUGGCUGUUUCCCACUGCUCUGGGCUGGGGGCAGAGCAGGGAAGAUAGUACCCUCUCUAAUGCCCCCACUACAUACCCAGCCCUGCCCUGGGCCAGGUGGCCUGUUUGGGAAAGGGACAGAGACUUUGGACUGCUCUUGCUGAAGAGGUUCCAUGCCUGGCUUCCUUGCCCCCAUUAUUAAUUCUACUAAACUGGGCUCCCUUACUCAGUCCCUGGCCUGGAGACCCCACCUGCCCUGACCUGCUAGCCCCUCUCAGGCUUCCCUCUCCAUCUUCCUUGAGGCCCUGAGAAGAACUGUGCACAGAACUUAUUUACUACCACUGGUUCCUCUUGGGCUUUCAGACUCUAAGCAGCUGCCCCCUGCCCUCUCCCACUUCAUCUCUUAGGCUUGCUUAUUUUUAAUUUGGGUCUGAGCUGCCCACCAGACUAUUUUACAUUUCUCUGCCACUUUGGGGUAGUUGCCAGGCACUUUUGCACAGAGAGACAGAGCAGCAAAAUCCUAUCUGUACAGAGCACUUGUCUUCUCUUUGGAGGAGUUAUUAAGAUGGGGAGAAAAGCUGAUACUUUAUUUUAUGUGUAUAUUUUUAAACAUCUGUGAACCAGGCUUAAUCCUGCUAAAGCACCAAUCCUGCUGUCAGAGCCCACCCCUGCCUCAGACAGGUGAAAAAUGUCAUGUAUUCUUUUUCCUCAGUCCCAGUUCCAUAUCCCUUCAGCCCCAGCAGUCCCUGUACAAUACGAGCUGUUGGCUUCCCCUGGCCCAGGUGACUACAGUGGGGUAGGGGGCACAGUUCUAAAUAGAUCAGGCUAUCUAGGGUACACUGGACUUAUAGCACCACCUUGAAAAGUCAGGUUGAGAGAGUAGUUGGUUUGGAAAGCAACAAGAGGGUAUGUAUUCCCUACCACAUCUCCUCAGGCCAGCUGAGCCAAGCCUAGGAGAGAACAAAUGGAGGUUCUCAACUCCAGGCAACCAUGACGUGCACAUAUACCCCAGUCACUCACGCUCACAGCAAUAGAUGUUGUCUCACAGUGGAAAUCCCAGAUGUGGAAUGUUUUUGUUUUCUUCUCCCUGGGUGUAAAGAGUCAUCCCAGUCAUGGUACCCUGUACUUGCAAGAGAAUAAAGAUCAGGAAGUCACCUAAUACCAGGAUCACUGCAUUUACCAGCCUGAUACUGCCAAGAUUAUACUGAAGCUCUUCGUAGGAGCUGGGAGAUGGCGCUCCUUCCUUGCCUCAUUCUUCCCCACCCCACCUCCUCCACCAAGCCUGUGUUGCAGGCGGAGAGGUGCAGUAAAUGGAAUGAGAAGAAGGCAGUCAAACCCUGCCUUUCCACUUGAGACAUUUGGUCUGAAUGAUCCUUUAAACCUACUUAAUGGUCCCACCUGCUGGGAAAGGCCAUGGUGCCAAUUUGAAAGGUGCUAGCUACCUGAAGCCUUGAUAUUUCUUAUGGCAGCCCCAUAUUCUUACACCCUGGCCAGAUCAGACUCUGAAAACCAGAUUUUGCUACCUUCACCACCACCAUGUUCCAUCUUGUCUCACUUUUAAGGAUCUUCCCUCAUUCAAUUUAUUUAUUAAAGAAAUUUUUUUUUGUUCCUCCCUGCACUUUGUCUAACAGUUUCUCUCCACAGUCAUCCCAAAGGUUGGGCCCACAGGUCAUGCUAAAUCUUCCUGCCCAUCACUCAUCACUCACCUCUUCACCCUAAGAACCACCAACAAAAUGGAAGCAAGGGCCCCUCCUCUUUUUUUUAAGCUUCGUCCAUUGAGACUUCUGGAAGAUGGUUUUCUCAGUGCUACACUUCUCCCUCAGAACGGUCUUCCAUCCUUCCCCACUGUGGUAAAAUGUGGAUGGGAGGUAGUUUCCUUCCUCUCAUGCCUAAGGAUGUUUCUCCCUCCCAGACUCCUUUCCUUCUGUUUCAUUUACUUGUGCAAUAUUUCACAACCUUUCACCUGCUUCUUUGUUCCCUACCCACCUCUCUCACAAUUUUAAAGGAUUGUGUGUAUAAUGGUUGUGUGUAUAAUUAAUGGGACUCCUGGCCCCUACUUUCCCUUAAUAGUUUAGGAACUGGGAUUGGGUUUAGGACAGUUCUUGGUGGGGAUGGGACCGUGGACUUCCAUUUUCUUAAGACUUGGAGACCAAAGCAGCUGGCAAUUUUGAUAUACUGAUUAGCAACCAAAAUUAGAAGAAACUUCAGGGAGAAUGGGCCAGACAGGAAACCUGACUGCAGGAGCAUUGAGACAGGGAAAUGAAAAUAAAACACACUUAACGUUUGAUCAAAUGGACUCUUGUGAAUAUUAGCAGGGAAUAUUCACUUUUGCACUGUACGAAGUCUUUGAGGCGUAAUUAAAAGUUUUUAUUGAGCCCUUGA